AUGGAUGAUGGUUUAGAAGCAUCGUUACGAAAUGUUAUCGAACAACAAUCGUUGAAAUGGAUUUUUGUUGGUGGUAAAGGUGGUGUUGGCAAAACUACUUGCAGUUGUUCAUUGGCAGCACAGUUAUCAGAAGUACGACGAAGUGUUCUUAUUAUAUCAACAGACCCAGCUCAUAAUAUUUCUGAUGCAUUUGCUCAAAAGUUUGGCAAAACACCAACGGUUGUAAAUGGAUUUAACAAUCUUUAUGCAAUGGUUGGCUUUACAGAUGUUUUUCGAAAUAUUUUUGUAUCUAAUUUCUAUUCGAUCUUUGUAGAUAUGAUGGGCAUUGGCCGUCAGAUAUUGCAAGAUAUGGUUGGUGGAUUGCCUGGAAUAGAUGAAGCGAUGAGUUUCUCUCAAAUGAUCAAGUUGAUAAAUUCUAUGGACUUCGAAGUUAUUGUCUUCGAUACGGCUCCGACUGGUCACACCUUACGAUUAUUGCAGCUUCCAACUAUUAUUGAAAGUAGUUUAGGCAAAAUUCUCAAUAUUCAAAGCUCUUUAUCACCAAUUCUUUCUCAGAUGAGUGGAAUAUUAGGAGUUGGUGAAGUGUCAACAGAAGAAGCGGUGAAGAAAAUGAAAGAAACGCUUGAAAUUGUAAAAGCCAUCAAUUUACAGUUCAAAAAUCCUAAUUUGACGACUUUUAUUUGCGUUUGUAUUGCUGAAUUUUUAUCUCUUUAUGAAACUGAGCGAUUAAUCCAAGAGUUAACAAAACAAAACAUUGAUACCCACAAUAUAAUUGUUAAUCAAUUGUUGUAUCCGGACGAGGUUAAUGAAAGUUGUAUAAAAUGUAACAAAUGUCGAGCAAGAUUUAAAAUACAAUCAAAAUAUUUAGAACAGAUAGCAGAUUUGUAUGAAGAUUUUAAUGUAACAAAAUUACCUUUGUUAGAUAAUGAAGUUCGCGGUGCCGAAGAAAUCCGCAAAUUCAGUAAAUAUUUGAGAGAACCUUUUACUUCUAAAAAUUAA